AUGGCGGUUCAGAUCCUCUCCGACCUGCAUCUGGAGUCGCCCAGGGCCUACGACAUCUUCCAGAUCGUCCCAAAGGCCCCCAUCCUAGCUCUGCUGGGUGACAUCGGCAAUGUCGCCGCUCACAAGGACGACUGCCUCGCCUUCCUGACCCAGCAGCUACGCCAGUUCCGCGCCGUGCUCUUUGUCCCCGGGAACCACGAGGCCUAUCGGUCCAGCUGGCCCCGAACCCUUGACAUCCUCCGCGCAUUCGAGCGAGAAGUCGACGGCAAUCCCUCGCUUGGGCAGUUCGUCCUGCUGGACCGGACGGUCUUCCGCGUGCCGGACACCAGCAUCGUCAUCCUGGGCUGCAGCCUCUUCUCUCACGUCCCCCCCGAGAGGGAAGACGACGUCUCGAUGGGGCUGAACGACUUCUUCCAGACCGGAGACUGGGACGUCGCCGCCCACAACGAAGCGCAUAGACGGGACCUGGCCUGGCUCAACGCGCAGGUCGCGGAGCUUGAGCGGUCCGAUGCGAGGAUCGUCAUCUUCUCGCAUUGGAGCCCUUCGACGCACAGCCUCGCCCUCGAUCCCAGGCAUGCCACCAGCCUGAUCACGCCGGGAUUCGCGACGGAUCUGUCCGGAGAAGUGUGCUUCAAGAGCGGGAGCGUCGAGGCCUGGGCGUUUGGCCACACCCACUUCAACUGCGAUUUCACCGUGAAGCGGGACGGCGGUGCCGGGCCUCUGAGGCUGUUUACGAACCAGAGGGGCUACUGCUUUUCUCAGUCGGCAGGCUUCGACGCCGAGAAGGUGUUUGAGUGA